AACUUCUUUCCCAGUUGGGCUUCAACCAUCCCGAUCUCGACGCACUUGCGCGCCCCGAUUCGCCCGGAUCCUUCCUCUUCCUCUCCUCUUCCCCUCUCGAGCUUCCCCUCGCUCCUCAGCUGAGAAAUACGCCGAAUGCUUAGCUCGUGAGGGCAAUGCCCCAGAGCAGCAGACCCCGCCGCCGGGAGGAGCCCCACCCAUCUGGGGCCGAGUUCGGCCGCCACCCGGUCCCGGUGAGCGCAGCUCGAGCUGAAGGGCAGUUUCAUUUCAGAAGACAGCCAAAUCCAAGGGAUGCAAUUUGUUCUGCUUGUAACAAUGGCCUUUCUGCAGAAGAAAAUUCUUUUGCUCUUGAGAUCAGGCAAACUUCAUCCAAGAAAGCCAGUGGGAUGCCAAUAAAAGAACUAAUAGAUAAUGAGGUGUCAAAAGAAAAGGAAAUUAGGCAUCCCUUGCCAAGUUUAAUUGCAAGACUGAUGGGUCUUGAUACCCUCCCCUCUUCUGUCAGACCGCAGAGAAGUGUUGAUAGUUGUUGCAGGACAACAAUGCCUAGGGAGGGGAAUCAUGUACAUCCUGAGGACUGGUCACAAUGGCGAAGCUCUGGUGAAGGUCCAGAGUUCAAAGAUGUUUUUGAAGUAAUGGAAGCAUCCAAGAAUAGAGAGCAACAAAGCCACUCUGAUAGCAGGGGGAUGCUUAGAUGUCAAGGAAAUGGAGCUGACACGGAUCUUGUAAGGCAGAAAGUCAUGGAUAUGAAGAGUCUAUCAAACAAUGAAGUGCUGCAAAACUCUAAAGAAUUUAAUGAUGCAUUUGAUUCAAGCAAGGAUCUUCUCAUUGGAAAGCAUCGUCCAAAUGUGAACUGUGCACCAUCAUCACCUCAUCGAAGCAAGAUCACAAUCUUAAAACCAUCUAAAGGUACUAAGCAUUGGAGCAAUGAAGUUUGGUGUAACUCAUCCAAAAUAGAAAGAAAUCAUGAUUGGUGCUCUCAUAUGCAGCAAGAAGUCACAGGCUCUUUUAAGAUGUAUCCAUUCUGCCUUAACGAAUGCUCUAUUGGUGAAAUCAGUGGUUCCCUUUCACAACAUUCAUCGGCAUCACGAGAUGCAGGCAGAUCUGAGACUCAUGUUGAUCCUGCUCACAUUGUUAUCUUAAAACCAAGCCUUGAGAAAGCUCAAAAGAUGGCAGAGGCUAGUUCUUUUGCCCAUGAGGACUUCCUGUUUAGUUCCAAAAGGGGCACUGGAAUUGCAGCGUCUAGAAUUCAGGUGCUUCAGUAUGAAGGAAGAGAUGAACAUUUGUCUCAUCACACACAGGUAUCGAACCACAAAGUAAAGGGUUCAAGAGAAAUUGCUACAGAGAAUACAAGAAAGACGAGGCACUCCAUAAGUAGCUGCACCAAAAAGAACUUGACUUCAAAAAUGAAUCCAUAUCCUGGGACUGAAGACUCAUUUAUGACUCCAGGCGAGUCUAAACUCAGCCACUCAGAGGCAGUCUGUCAGAACCCUGACCCUUUUGGUGAGUGGAGUAACAGCUUCAGUCCAUCAUAUUUGUAUUCAACUGAAUAUUCAAGCAGAGAAGCUCACAAUCGUCUGUCUGAAAGAUGGAAAACAACCCACCAGUUUCAGAAAAUGGGACUUAUUGCUCGAGGCUCAAGCACACUGGGUGAAAUGUGUGUACAAUUUGAUAGAGAUACACCAAAGGUUACCGUGGACAUGAUAAAUACUAAGAAUUUUUCAUAUGAAAAGCUCACUAGCAAUGACGCACUCAAAAGCAAGGGAUGUCAUUGGGUUCAUGGUGCUGAUGCCCGGAGAGAUGGGAGCUCCAGAUUCUUGCCAAAGACUCUGCCACAUCCAGUUUCGUAUAACCUACAACUUAGUGACAGGGAACGUGAUGGUGGGAGUUGUACCAAUAUGAUCAAAGAUGUACCAGAUAUGGGAGCCUCUGUUUCUUCAGUUGUGAAAUUUAGUAAGCCAGAAGUGCCACUAAUGAAAAGCCCUAAGCAUCAAUAUCACAAUUCUAAACUAGCUCAUUCUGUUGGUGAGGAAACCAUGCUAAUUAAACAUGAUAUCCAUGUGAAUUCAGAAGGGUUGUGGAAGAAAAUUCAUGUGAAAAGUUUCUUAGACAAGACGGUGUUACAUCCUGCACCUACUGAUGAUGCCAUCACUGAGAGAAAUCAGCUAGCAAAAGGUGCAUCAAUUCCCAUAGACACACCAUGGCAUUUGACCACUCAAAUGGUGCCUAAAUUAUCUGCAUUUCAAGUGCCAUCAGAGAAUGAGGGAUUAUUUGGCCAUAUUCAGAAUGUAGUGAUUGAGGAAAAAUCAAGCGAUCAACCUCAAGAGAAGCUGCUUCUGUGUGAAUCAGACAUGGCUAAACCACAUCCUGUAGGCUCUGAGGAACUUGACCAACCAAGUCCAAGCUUUGUUCUAGAGACUCCAUCUGAAGAUGGCACUUAUAGCUCAGGAUGCUUUGAAAGAUUAAGCGCAGAUCUUAAAGAGCUUCGCGUGCAACUACAGUGUCUAAAGCUGGAGUCAGUAGCUACAUCUGCAGAGAGUGAUGAAGAUUGUGCAGGAGACAAUCAUGUGCUUCUGCCUUCGAUGGAGGUACACCGAGAAUUCAGCGAUGUUGAUGACAGAGACUUCACCUACCUACUUGAUGUUCUUAUAGAGUCAGGUGUCCGUGGCACUGAUGACAACAGGUUCUCAGAUGCAUUCUAUUCGCGCGGUCAUCCUGUCAACCAAAGCGUGUUUGAUAAGCUCGAGAAGAAGUACGAUGGGGUUGCAUCAUGGCCAAGAUCAGAAAGGAAACUGUUGUUUGAUCUUAUAAAUUGCACUCUAGCAGGUCUGAUCACCCCAUAUAUGGAUGUGCACUUGUGGAUGACAUCGUUGACGUCGAAGAUAUGUGUGCCAGCAUGGGAUCGUGAAGGUCUUGUCGAAGCUGUGUGGCAAAUGGUGGUGAAGCAAAGGAAAGAGCUACAUUGCAAUCAGGAAAACAUGUUGCUGGAAUCAGGAUGGUUUGGAUUGGAAUAUGGUAUCGAUUUGGUUGGGAUGGAGAUGGAGGGGAUGUUGAAUGCUGACCUAUUGGAGGAGCUCAUUUGUGAAUUUGUCUUAGUAUAGUGCAACGGAUUCACAACUCCGGCAAGGCUUCAUAUUCUACAAGCUUUACUCAUGCAGCUGCCCUCAGAAGGCUGUGGCAAGGCAUCAACACAACAUAUUUGUAACUCUUCUUUACCUGUUCUACUAGUUCUUAGUGACGUUUAAGGAGCAUGUCUUCUGAAAACUUGGUGGACUUUAUAGUUCCUGUGUUUCUUAGGAGCCGCUGUGACACCCGAUGUCAAACUAAAAUGCAUAUUCACAUUAAGCUUCGGUAUCAAGUCUCAGCUUGACGAGUAGCUCUUCUGUACCA